GGAGCCGCGAGCGCCAGGCGCCCGGGACGUGCCUGCGCCUCCGUCCGCCGCGCCUCUGCCGCGGCCGGUCCGGCGGCCUCCACCCUCUCCCGCCGAGCCGGCUUCACUCCGGCUCCCUCCAGAGGCUGCGCUCGUCGUCCCGUUUCGGACUUUGAUUGCUUACGGAGGGGGUUUGUCUUUUUCUGUUUCUUUUUCCUUUUACGAUUUGAAAGGGAGAAAAGAACGCACGGCAAGCUGGGACGGUGAAGCGCCACCAGCUGCCCCCACGUGGACACCUCCGAGGCGAACGGGAGUUGGACGCACACUUGGGCCGGGGCUGGCCUUGAGGCCUCCACUUCGGCCGGACUCCCAGGCCUGGGGUCAUGACUCUCAGGCCCGGCAGGUGGAAGGCGUUGACUGUCCUGGGCUGGACCUGAGCCCCGGCCCCCACUGCAACAACCCGCACCCCGGCCCCGCGCUCACCCACCGACACACCGGCCACCUGGGCUAGGCUCUGACUCGCGCCUGCGACAUGGAUAAGUACGGCGACCUGGGCCUGGAGGCCAGCAAAUUCAUUGAGGACCUGAACAUGUACGAGGCCUCCAAGGAUGGACUCUUCCGAGUGGAUAAGGGGGCAGGCAACAACCCUGAGUUUGAAGAAACGCGCAGGGUGUUUGCCACCAAGAUGGCCAAGAUCCACCGCCAGCAGCAGCAACAGCUUCUGCAGGAGGAGACCUUGCCCAGGGGGGGCAGAGGUCCGGUCAACGGCGGGGGCCCCCCAGGCCCACAGGUCCGACGGGAUGCCGCUGUGGGCCACAAGCUGACCCCGGAUGGUGCUACCAAGCCCCCUCUCGCUGCCUCGACAGCGGGUCCUGGGACGGCCACUGCCGUCGCCUCUGGGCAGCCCUUGUAUCCACCCCAGGAUCAGAGGACCAGGCCGUAUGUCCGCAGCGGAAGCCAUGGCAGCCAGGACUGUGGCUCCAGGGAGAGCCUGGCACGCUGGGAGAUGUCUGCUUUCCGCCAGCCCGGCCCCUGCGAGGAUCCUUCCUGCCUCACCCACGGAGACUAUUAUGACAACCUCUCUUUGGCGAGCCCAAAGUGGGCUGAUGAACCGGGAGUGUCCCCCAGCAUCAGGGUGGGCGUAGGGAGUGGGUGGCCUGGCACCCCAGGGACUACUGAAGCACCACUGUCCAAACCCUCCGGGGGCCAUCCCCUGUACCAGCCUCAGCUGGCCCCAAGCUCCAGCCAGUCGUCAGAGACCGGCCAGGAUGGCGGUGUUGGUGGCCGCGGCUGUGAGAAGCCAGCCGGGCUUUGGACUACCGCCUCUUCCCAGCGGGUGAGCCCCGGCCUUUCUUCCCCCGGCCCGGAGAACGGGGCCCUCAGGGGGCCCACUCAGCCCAGGACCCCUUCUUUCUUGGCACCCUUGGCCCAGAGCUGCCCCAGCCAAGGAGCUCUUCCCAGAACAAACUUGGGCGUGGGGAGCGAGGUAUCGGGCACCACGCCCAAACCCACUGUGGACCCUCAAGCCUGGUUCCAAGAUGGACCCAAGUCUUACCUUUCUAGUUCCGCCCCAUCAUCCUCACCAGCCAGCGCGGACGGUUUGCCGUCGGGUGUGGCCCCUGGACUGGGUCCCAAGCCUGUCUGCACAGACCCUGGCGUUGGUCCCAAGCUCAGCCCCACCAGCCUUGUCCAUCCGGUGAUGUCCGCCCCGCCUGAGUUAUCUUGUAAAGAAGGCCCCUCCGGCUGGUCAUCUGAUGGCAGCCUGGGGCCUGGGCUCCGGGAGAGCCCCAGUCCCCCCAGGGUGAAGCUGCCCUGCCAGACCCUCAUCCCGGGCCCCGAGCUUGGGCCCUCAGCCGCCGAACUGAAGUUAGAAGCCCUCACUCAGCGUCUGGAGCGUGAGAUGGAUGGUCACCCGAAGGCCGAUUACUUUGGAGCCUGUGUGAAAUGCAGCAAAGGGGUGUUCGGGGCCGGCCAGGCCUGCCAGGCCAUGGGGAAUCUCUACCACGAUGCGUGCUUCACCUGUGCGGCCUGCAGCCGGAAGCUGAGAGGAAAAGCCUUUUAUUUUGUCAACGGCAAAGUGUUUUGCGAGGAGGACUUCCUGUACUCCGGGUUCCAGCAAUCUGCCGACAGGUGUUUCCUUUGUGGACAUCUGAUCAUGGAUAUGAUCCUGCAGGCCCUCGGGAAGUCCUACCACCCCGGCUGCUUCCGCUGCGUCAUCUGCAACGAGUGCCUGGACGGGGUGCCCUUCACCGUGGACUCCGAGAACAAGAUCUACUGUGUCCGAGAUUACCACAAGGUGCUGGCCCCCAAGUGUGCAGCCUGUGGGCUUCCCAUCCUUCCACCCGAGGGCUCAGAUGAGACCAUCCGCGUCGUGUCCAUGGACAGAGACUUCCACGUGGAGUGCUACCACUGCGAGGACUGCGGCCUGGAACUCAACGACGAAGACGGCCACCGCUGCUACCCCCUGGAAGACCACCUGUUCUGUCACUCCUGCCACGUCAAGAGACUGGAGAAGAGCCCCUCCCCUGCAGCUCUCCACCAGCACCGCUUCUAGCGAGAGCCUCUUCCAGACCUCGCGUUGGCGACCAGAAGCCAGCGUCGCAAAGCUAGACAUCUGCCUGCUAAUUCCAGUGGCCCCACGGGGUGGUCGCGGGGGUGGGGGGGGGGGUGGGGAGGGGGGCCAGGCAGGUAAGUUUCUGUAUACGCGUGGGGCGCCGCUCCUUCAACCUCCCUGUCUGGUGGGUGUUACUUUCCAAGUGCCUUUCUCCGCCGCCCCGCCCUCCUCGGAUUACUCAGGAAGAUACUCUAGCGGGUGCGUGGCGUGUGACACCCCAAGGAGCCCUCCGGGCCCCUCUGGGAACAGCUCGUGCUUUAGAGGGAAAAGUUUGCCCUGAGCGUACUUCGCGGUGUCCUCUGAGGAGGGCUCAGCUGCCGAUACCUCCAGCCCCUCCCUGUCCCUUUAGGAAAGCACCCGCACCAGACAUUACCCCCGGUGCCCCCACCCCCCCACGCACACGACAUGAUUUGAGACUGCACCCUCGACACGCACACGCAGCGUUAUUGGAGACGUCUCUCCGCCCCAGAGACUCCGCUCUUCUGUCGGAUGAUGGCAGAUUUUAACCGCGUUGUGGCAAGAGGGAAGCUGUGCCCGUGCUCUGUGUCCGAGGAAGAACUGCUUGGUAAACCGGAGCGAGUUGUGGACUGAGCGAGCCGGGGUUUCCUCCUCGUACGCUGACAACGUCUUGCCUGCUCCUGCAAAUCUUCACUCCCUGACAGGCAGCUGGGAGCCCGGGCGGAGGUUUGCCCCGUUCGAUAGCGAGGCGUGUUUGGGACGAGAACUUGGGUGCGG